GAGGGCGCUACGUGUCCUUUCUCUGUUCGUUUCCCAAGCGCUGCAUUCACCAUACUCGAGCCCGUAGCUCGGCCUUCGUGGCAAAAUGAAGUUGCACGACUGUGACCACAAUUUUUACGGCAUCAAAACAGCGAUAUUCGUCGAGAUUACUGGUGAACCUGUGCCGACUGUGACCGCCAACGUCAAAGACAAGGUUGUGCCUUACCUCAGCAGACCGAAGCUUCCGGUUCUACGGCUUGAAGACGGUACCACUUUGUUCAACGCUAAUGCCAUAUGCAGGUUUCUGUGGGAGAAGUCGGGGAAAAACUCACUUCUGAUCGAAGACGAAGAAUGGUGCGAAUGGGAAGCCGUGAAACUACAGCCUGUUGUGGCAACAGCUCUCCUAGAACAUAUACAACAUGGAAAGAUUGACAACAGCAUACAGCUCAUACUCAGAGCUCUCUUGAGACACCUAGAUGGUUUCAUAUCCCAGCAUUCCACAUUAAGCAAGGACGUACAAGGUCCUGGCUUUGCCGAUGUCAUUGUUUGGUCUUCCAUACUGCCACUUAAGACUAUCGACAGCUUAUUUACAGGUCUAGUAGUUCCUUGCAAAGCUCUGUGCAAAUGGUUCAGUCAUUUAGAAGCCAAUGCAAGUUUACAAAAAACACUCAACUUGGUUCUUCCAAAGGAAGGCUACAAAGGAUUCAAGGAAUCCCUCGUGGCCUUUGCACCGCAAUGUUCUCCAUCCGUGCCACCGAAAGCACCUGAGGCAGUCUCUCAGAGGUCAAGCAUCAGCUGCGUCUCAGCACCAGUGGAAGACAGGGAACACACAUUAAGUGGAGAAGAAAUUGACAAGGCUUUUCAAGUUUGGACAGACCCACGGAACAAGGCUACAGAACUUCAAAAGCGGACUGUGCCUAUACUCCCCAGGAAUGGUGAGAAGAAUGUGCUCAUCACAAGUGCAUUGCCCUAUGUCAACAAUGUACCACACCUGGGGAACAUUGUUGGGUCUGUAUUGAGCGCUGAUGUGUUUGCGAGGUAUUGUCGGAUAAGAGACUGGAACACAUUGUAUGUGUGUGGCACUGACGAAUAUGGCACAGCCACAGAGACCAAGGCACUGGAGUUGGGCAUCACACCUCGUGAGAUCUGCGACCGGUAUAACAAGAUCCACAGUGACAUUUACCAGUGGUUCAACAUCUCCUUCGAUCAUUUUGGGAGGACCACAACUGAGCAGCAGACAAAAAUCGCACAACAGAUCUUUUUAGAGCUUCACCAAAAUGGAUAUUUGCGUGAAGAAGUGGUGGAACAGCUUUACUGCAGCCAUUGUGACAGGUUUCUUGCAGACAGGUUUGUUGAAGGCACCUGCCCAUUUUGCGGUUAUGAGGAUGCACGGGGGGACCAGUGCGAUCUCUGCUCAAAGCUCAUCAAUCCAACAGAGCUCAAAGAAGCACGAUGCAAAUUGUGCAAGGAGAAUCCGGUGCUGAAGACAUCAGGCCACCUUUUCAUUGACCUCCCCAAGUUAGAGCCUGCUUUUACGGAAUGGUUCAAGAAAAAGACUUCAGGGGAUCAAUGGACACAGACUGCCAAAGUGAUAACGAAUUCCUGGCUCAGGGAUGGCCUGAAGCCUCGGUGCAUCACAAGAGAUCUCAAGUGGGGCACGCCUGUCCCAUUGCAGAGCUAUAAGGACAAGGUGUUUUAUGUGUGGUUUGAUGCUCCUAUUGGCUACCUCUCCAUUACGGCCAACUACACUAGCGAAUGGGAGCUUUGGUGGAAGCAGCCUGACCAAGUGACAUUGUACCAGUUUAUGGCUAAGGAUAACGUGCCGUUCCAUGCUAUUGUGUUUCCUAUGACACAGCUGGGUACGCACCAAAGCUAUACGUCGGUUGACCAUCUUAUGGCCGUAGAGUACCUAAACUAUGAAGAUGCCAAGUUCUCAAAAAGUAGAGGAGUUGGCGUGUUUGGUAAUGAUGCCCAGGACACCGGUAUCCCUGCUGAUGUUUGGAGGUUCUAUCUCAUGUACCAGCGUCCCGAAAACCAGGACACAAGUUUCUGCUGGAGUGAUCUGCAGCUGAAGAACAACUCUGAGCUGUUGAACAACCUUGGAAACUUUGUGAACAGGGCACUUACCUUUCUGUUCAAUAAUUUUGGUGGUGUGGUGCCUGAGCUCAACAUUGUUGAUGAAGACAAGGUGGUCAUUGCUAAGGUAUCAGCACAACUGGGGAACUACAUCAGUUUCAUGGACAAAGUUAGGCUUCGUGAUUCGAUUCGGUGCAUAUUGAGCAUCAGCCGAAUAGGCAACCAGUACAUCCAGUUCCACAAGCCUUGGGAACUUGUAAAAGGCACACCAGAGCAAAGGCUGCGUUCCGCAAACAUCAUGGCACUGUGUGCCAACGUGGCCUGUCUCCUGGCUGGAAUGCUGCAGCCAUUCAUGCCUGAAACCAGCGAAGCCCUGAGACAGCAGCUGAAUGUGCCCAUGUUCAAGCUGGAACCUCACUUUGCGCCACUCUUGAAGGCUGGCCACAAGAUGAACAAGCCUCUGCCUCUUUUCAAGAAGAUCGAGCAGGAGACGAUAGACACCCUGAAGAAACGGUUUGAAGGCAAGACAUCAAGUCCAGCAAAGGUUGUGAAUGGCCACAAGGACACUAGCACAAAUUCUCUGAACAGUCAUGCUUCUGGUGACACCAACUUGAAUGCAGAGGAGCUCACACGUCAAGUGCAAGUUCAGGGCAACAAGGUCAGGGAACUCAAGGUUGCUAAGGCAGACAAGGCAACUAUCGACAAGGAAGUAGCACGCCUCUUGGACCUCAAGAAGCAGCUCGCCGCAGCCCUGGGCGAGGAAUUGCCAGCGCCCUCAAAUCAGAAGCGUGGUGGCCAGAAAAAGAAGAAAUAACCAAACACUCGGAACGGAUUCAAGCAACUUAUUUAUUUCGUAAAUAACAAAAGCACACAUCUGACAAAAAGUGCAAGUUUUCUGUUCAUGGUGGGGGUGGGGUUACGAGAGAAGGAGCAGAGUUGGAGCCUAUAUUCACAAAGGUAUUUGUGCGUAAUUAUGGAUCACAAAAUGAAAGGUGCUCCUCCCAUUUGCAUAUGCCCCAGCUCGUGACAAGACAGUUCUCACAAAUGGAAAGCUUUGUGAACCAAGCCCCAAAUUUUAAAGCUGGGAUUGUGUCCUCGAUCAAUCACUUUUGGGGAUAUCGCAUCCAGUGUGGAGUAACUUGCUGAACCACUACAGAAAAAGGUGCAGCAUCAAACUCAUGAGUCGGCGCACUUCCCUACUAUUUUUACUCUGCUUAGUUGUGGGCUGUGAGAAGGCACAAGUGCAAAAACCGCAAUUCAUUACAAGGGAAGAAUGCAGUAAAAUGGCAUGCCAUGGCAUGUUUCGAAGUAAGUUUUUGUAGCAUAUUUCUGGCAGCUAGCAUUUUCAAGGAAAAAAAAGUGUGUUUUGCCACAUACAAGAGCGAUAGAGAUGUUUUGUUAUGCAAGAAACAUUCCUAGAGCACACAUAUGCACAUUUCCUUGCGCAGUGUGGCAAAAUUGAUUUGAGUCUCAUCAAUUGCAGAGCAGAAGUGUUCACAAGAGAGACAUCUCAAGUGGGACUAUUGUCUUGCUUACUGUGGUUUCAGAAGACCAAGCUGACUCCAGCCUGUGUUAGUAAGCAGUGAAAGGGUCUAUGCUUGCACCAGCCAAGUCUCUCUUCCGGUUCUUUUCACUGUGACCCACCUUUCUACAACAAUACUGGCUCUCACUGGAACCAAUUUCCAUGGCUGCUGGAGAAUUAACUUGCGCUCUGGUCGCCAGGGUGGAUAAAUGAAUCUUAAGGCUAACUCGAACACAUUCUUUCGCUGCUGCCUUUGCCAGUUUGUGCGACGUUGGCAUGAUUUUGCCUUGUCCGCUUGGUUUGAAGCCUACACUAGCUUUGGCACACAGGGGUAUGAAAUCACACUUUAAAGCUAUUACCCGUAAGAGCUGUUAUUUUCCUUUACACUUUCCUGUUCAAAUUUUAUCUGUUGUUGAUAAUACCCUCUUGGCAGUGGUGCAAAGGCCUUGUUAUCUAAAGCUGGGUAUUUUGUGAGUAAUGAAGUUGUCUUGAGUGACAUAGCUACAGUCUUUUGCCUAACACUACUGCAAAAGUAACUGCUCUGGUGGCUUUUCUGUGUGUGCCUGCACGAGCCAUAAAGGAACCAAUUUUUUUAGUGCAGAA